AUGGCGGAUGAAAAUAUAUAUAUUUUCUGCAGAUCAGGGAACACUCUUGCCCGUCAGAAGAUGUACAGACCCACCACCAAGAAUGAGUGGUGGUUUUGUGGGACUCUUCUACUGCAAGCGUUACUGGUGAUUAUCUUGGAGAUAUUCAUCCUCAUUCAGUGGCAAUCAUGGGUAAACCCCAACAUUAUCCAAAUCACCCCCUCAUACGUGGUUCCCGUGGGCAUGGGCAUUGUGGUUUUCGCUUGCAUAUACGAGGUCAUACUCUCAAUAGAUGCAAUCCACCAUAAUAACAAUAUUUCAUUGCUUGCCGUAUGCCUCACAAACGUCUGUAUUGUUGUGUAUGCGGUCAUGCAGUACAUUAAAAUGCGAGAAGUUACCGAUUCACUGCAAGGCACAGCCGACGGGAUGGGCAAUCCCCUCGUGGAUUGGUCUCGGGAUAUCUGGCCAUCGAUGCGACCGGCGGAAUUCGCUAUUCCAGCUGUUCUAACCAUCUCUUCGCUCGUUAUCAUACCUGCUGCCUAUCGGCUACACAAGGACUAUGCAUGGGCAAUUUAUAAACGUAUUCACGGUAGUCCAGAGCUCCGGCUGCGGUAUCUAGCCUAUGAGAUCUAUUUGGUCCUGAUUAAGUUCGAUUUCUUUUUCUUGACUGGCUUUAUCAUCCAAUAUGACCUGAUCGACGUGCAUUUCGCGGAGCCCGAAUAUUCUCUGACCAUGGCGCUGAUUCCCGCUUCACUACUAGUGAUGGUCGCCGGGAUCUACUGUGUGAAGUCUGGGCUCAGAGUUGCUAUGAUGGUUGUUAUUGUAUGCUUUCUCGGAUCGAUUGCAUAUCUACUUAGUCGGAUUGUCGUGCUGUGCGGAAACUCACAACGUGCGCAUACCGUAGGCAGGGAGAUGAUGUUAUUUUUCGCCGUUGUCGCGUUGGUUCUUAUUGUAAUGACUGUGGGGUGUGCGGUGCAAUGCAUCUUCAAUCUCAGCUACGGAUUACAGGUCGGUCGUCCCGACAGUCGGUGGCCACAGAGUUCUCAUGCCUUUCAAACACUUGAUGCGCCCAUGAGCCCUUCUAUUCAAGAUACCCGAUAUCAUCGUCGCUUGUCUCUUGAUUAG